UUUGGCCUGGGGCGCCUGGAGCCCCGCUGCUGGGAGGGGGCUGUCCACUGUGAGCGGAGGGACGCCGAGCCCCCGGCGGGAGGAGCCGACUUGGCAGCAGCGGGGUCGCGGUCGCACUGCCCCGCGGGAGCGGCCUCCCGCCUGCGGUGGACCGUCGGGGCCAGGUGGCCUCGUGCUGCCUGUCGGCUUCUGUUCGCCCCGCUGGGGCGAGAAUGGCCGGAGCCGCGGGUUGUGGACGGGGCAGCCUGGAGCGCUUGCUCCGGAGUCCCCGACGGGCAGCGCCGCUCGCUGUGCUCAGGCCCGGUGGGGUGUCCCCCCGCGGGGCUCUGGUCCUUGCUCUGGCGACCCCACGGGCCUUUGCGCCUCCACAAGAGCCCUUUAGAGGCUGUCGUGUGGAGAGAAUGAACCAGCCCUUGACCCUUUCCCUCAUCAAAGCGUGAUGGGUCAUCGAGCCCUGUGAGGACCCCAGAAGCAAUUUCAGACCCUUAGGGCUCAGCACCCACUUGGAGGGGGGCGUGCACUCGCUGAAGCCCGUGCCGGUUAAGGACCAGGCUUGGGGGCUCACAGAGCGGAGGGAGGCUUACGCUUAGCAGGUACUGAAUGGGAUUCACAAGCAGGUGUGUGGAGUGGGGAGCAGAGGAACGGCCGCCGCCACUGCGGUGGGGAGCUUCGGGUUAGUUCCCGCAGUGAAGCGCCUGGGGGAUUGGGUGCAUUGGGAGCGCUGAGGACAAAGGGGAAAUCAGGUCCACGGCGCAUCUCAGCCUGGGCCUCUGAAACGCACAAGUCAAAACCAAACAGCUGGCUUUGCGCCCUUCUCGGUAAGUGGCACCACCAACCCGCCCCCCACUCUUUCCCCUCCCCGGGUGCCCUCACCCACAGCAGGCGUAGCUCCCACACCUGAAAUCCAUUUUCCACGCCUGAAAUCCAUCUGGUUUUCACGUGCUCCAUGGCCCGCACCCUAGUCUCAGCUGCGGCUGGUUACUGACUAAUGCAAGAGUUUGCUAGCUGGUCUCCUGUUACCACUUUUGCGCUUCCACAAUCCAUCAUCUAAGCUGCAGCAGUAGUGACCUUCCAAACAAUGUAAAUUCUUAUUACUGCCUCUGUUAAAUCCUCCGACGUAUCUCCGUGGUGCUUACAAUAAAACACAGGCUCUUUCCCCAGACUUUCCCCAUGGAUGUUGCACGUGACCCUCCUCAGGCUACUGCUCCCGCUUCACCACCUAGCACUUUCCUCCUUGUUCUUUCCGGUCCAGCCACGCUACACACCUCCUGUCCUGCUUCAGGAGCUCUGCACGCCCUGCCAUGUUCCGCAGGGUAGGCUGGCUGGUCCUGUACAGCCUUGCUGUGCUGCUGCUGAGCUGCCUGUUCUUCCUGAAGAAGGAGGGCCACCCAGCGGGGGGCCCCAUGGCCCGACAGCCCUUCUGGGCUCCCCCAGGGCCCCGGCGCAGCCAGUGUCCACCCAACCACACGGUGGCCAAUGCCUCCCUGUUCCUGCCUAACCGUCACCGCCUCUUCUUGACCUAUCGUCACUGCCGCAACUUUUCCAUCUUGCUGGAGCCUUCGGGCUGUGCCGAGGACACCUUUCUGCUCCUGGCCAUCAAGUCACAGCCUGGCCAUGUGGAGCGGCGUGCGGCCAUCCGCAGCACGUGGGGCCGCGCAGGAAGCUGGGCUAAGGGCCGGCAGCUGAAGCUGGUGUUCCUCCUGGGGGUGGCGGGAUCUGUGCCCCCAGCCCAGCUGCUGGCCUACGAGAGUCGGGAGUUUGAUGAUAUCCUACAGUGGGACUUUGCUGAGGACUUUUUCAACCUGACACUCAAGGAGCUGCACUUGCAGCGCUGGGUGGCAGCUGUCUGCUCCCAGGCCCAUUUCAUGCUAAAGGGAGAUGAUGAUGUCUUUGUCCAUGUCCCCAAUGUGUUGGAGUUCCUGGAUGGCUGGGACCCAGCCCAGGACCUACUGGUGGGAGAUGUCAUCCGCCAGGCCCUGCCCAACAGGAACACCAAGGUCAAAUAUUUCAUCCCACCCUCCAUGUAUAGGGCCCACCACUACCCACCCUAUGCUGGGGGUGGAGGGUAUGUCAUGUCCAGAGCCACUGUGCAGCACCUCCAAGCAGCCGUGGAAGAGGCUGAACUCUUCCCCAUUGAUGACGUCUUUGUGGGGAUGUGCCUGAAAAAGCUGGGGGUGAGCCCCAUGCACCAUGCUGGCUUCAAGACAUUUGGAAUAAGGCGGCCCCUGGACCCUCGGGACCCCUGCCUGUACAGAGGGCUCCUUCUGGUGCACCGCCUCAGCCCCCUGGAGAUGUGGACCAUGUGGGCACUGGUAACAGAUGAGGGGCUCAAGUGUGCAGCUGCCCCCUUGUCCCAGCUUCGAGGGGUGGGUUGAGCGAGUAGACUUAAUUUUGCAAUCAUGAUGAGAAAUCGCGAACCGUGAAACUUGGCCCUUGAUGGGUCUACAAGAAAUGCUGACUUUGUUUUUGUAACCUCCUCCCAAACCUUGCUAACUCUGAUUAAAACACUGAAACCUG